AUGUCAGGCUCCCAUUGGCCAGUGCUGGUCAGGUCGACUCCGGAUGCAGCAGGUACCGGCGGGGGGGCCGACGGCGCCGGGGGCCCCGCGGCGGCGGCCCCCAACCUCACCAGCAACCGCCGCCUGCAGCAGACCCAGGCCCAGGUGGACGAGGUGGUGGACAUCAUGCGCGUCAACGUGGACAAAGUGCUGGAGAGGGACCAGAAGCUGUCGGAGCUGGACGACCGGGCCGACGCGCUGCAGGCCGGAGCCUCGCAGUUCGAGAGCAGCGCCGCCAAGCUGAAGAACAAGUACUGGUGGAAGAACUGCAAGAUGAUGAUCAUCAUGGCAAUAGUUGGUCUUAUUUGUUUUGGGGUCAUUUUCAUGUACUUCUUCUACUGAGCGUCUCCAGGGACGGACACGCUCCUCCUUCUCUGCUCCUCCUCCUCUGCUCCUCUCGGGGAACACCUCCCUCCAGGCAGAAGACCCGAGCUGACGGAAUGUUUCAGGUUUUUUGGGGGUCGACCCAACAAUUUAAAUAAUUAGAACUGGGUAUAAAAAGUGAAACCCUCAACUUUUAUAAGUUAUAUUAAAAUGACCCCAAAGGGAGGUGAUGUGUGACCUGACUCCUCCUGCUUCUCUCCAUCCUUCGCCUCCUUUUACCCAAAUUUGACACAAAGUCACAAUAAGCCGAAGGAAUCGGCAGAAGAUGAAGUCAGGUGAUGUUUCUCAUUACAAUUCAAGAUCAGGAAAAACGUUUAUCUUUCUAGUUUAAGAAAUUUAAAUAGUUCAUUGUAAAAUAUUGGAGAACUGAAACAUUUGUAACCGGAUUUCUUUCCCUUUUGUUUUAUUGCUGAAGGCUAGAUGUUAUAUAGAUGUAUAAGUAUGCAAGUAUUAUUUAAACUACAUGUACCAACACAGUACUCUGUCUGAGCGAGCUGACUGUACUCCGCUGUAAGACAUCUAGCCUUCAUGCAUGUCGUGUUGUUUCUGUGGUUCUGUUCGGGAUUGUCGCCCCCUGCUGUCAGCGGCGGUACUGCAGCUGAUGCGUUUCCACGGAAAGAUGAAGAUUGUAAUGUGAUGUUCCGUUUUUUGUUGUGCUCUGAAUGUGACUCGUGUGUAAACUGUAGAUAUUAAAAUGUAAAAAUAUUUAUACCAGAUUGUCAGAAAAUCAGCAUCAACGCUUCUUCGGUUCUACAGAAUAUAAAAUCAGAACGUGACAUUUAACUUUGGAAGGUUUCUUGUUUUUCUGUGGAUUCCAAUAAAUUCAUGUUUGCAACACAGAUGUCCAGCUGUGGUUUAUGCUGGAAAACGCAAA